AUGUCAGGCUCGGGUGAUUCUUCUCCAAUCAACCACCAAGGCUUACCUCAAGGUUUGGGAAUUACUUCAAACCAAACCAGUGGUCGUGCUACACCUAGGGACUCCCUUGGUGGUCAGAAUACAGUCUCUAGAGUCAACAAUCCUAGAGUUAGAGCAGGUCCACAGAUGCAGCAACAAGACGGCGUCAACAACCCCAGUUUCGGGGGAGGAAGCGCCCAGAUGCAACAGCAGAUGGGAAUCAAUAUGCUGCAUCAACAUCGAAUCGAACAACAGCAAGCUCAAAAUUUACAAAGACAGUAUCAUCAAGAGGAGCAAUAUCGCGCCCAGCAACAUUUACAACAGCAGCAGUUUGCGGCUCAACAACAAAUGCAGCGAAAUCAAGCACUGCAGCAACGAAUGCAACAGCAGCAUGUUGGCCAGUUGCAAACACUUCAACCAGUACACAUGCUGCCAGAUGAUAUUCCUAGCCCGAGCCCGACCGCGAUGAGACUAAAUGGUGGACAAAUAGAACCUGCAUUCCAACAACUUUUCGGCAUGCCUCCCACACAAUUCAACAUGAAGAAUGGAAGGCCAAAUAACUUUGCUCCUGCCGCUCCAAACAACACACAACCCCGAGUCCCUGUUCAACAACCAGAGCAGCAAGAAGCAGAGGAGGAGGAGAACGCUUAUGAAACCAACUGUCUCAAUCUCAGCAUCAGUUCCCCACUGACCAUCACCGGCGAUAACAACAUAAUCACUUUUCACCCUGCUCCUCAAGUCCAAAAAAUCACAGAUGCAAUCCUCAAAUCUCUACAUUCCGCCUCUGAAGGAUCACGCGGUAUCCCAAUGGGCGAUGCUGAUGGAGUUCCCAGGGCAAUCAAAGUUGAGAUUGACGCUGCUGUGACGAUCAAUGGAAAGCAUAAUAUUCUAGGAGAGGAAGCCGUCAAGAUCUGGGCACAAAAAGUCAAAGGUGACGCAUUAGCGGCACAGACGCAGGCGCAGAGAAUGUUGGCACAGGCCCAUAUCAAGUCUCAAGCUGCUGCGCAGGCUCAAGCUCAAGGACAGGGACAAGCACCGAAAAAUGGAACAGCAAAUAUGGAGUCAACUGUGCAAAGAAAUGCUCAGGCGGUCGAAAGUAUUAUCCGAGCUCGCGAACAAGCACUUGUGACUCAGAGACAGAUACAGAAUGAGACGGCCGCGCAGGGACAGAAAUUUCCAAACCCACAGGAAUCAUUCCAGAUGAAUGGAGAUGCGAAUGAGAGUGUACGAGGACAAGUCCAUCCACACUGGAGCAUGCAAGCACAAGCUUCCAUGCAACAACAACAACAACAACAACUACAACCAAAACCACAAGAAGGAAGAACAAAACCCCAAAUGGGUGUUUUCCCAGCUGGUCCUUCGAAAGAUUUUGGCAAGAGAGCUCGAGAGUCCAGCGUGAGUCAACAUGACGAAGAGGCGAAUAAGAAAACCAAGAUGGAUAUGUAG